AUGGCCAAGUUGCUCCUGCAUUUUGGUGCAGACGUGCACGCAUUCUUCGUACACCAUGAUGAUUGUUCCUUCAGCGGGACAACUUUACCCACGCUUUUAUCUACGCCACUUCUGUUUGCAGCAUACCACGGUCAUGAAGGCCUGGUUCAACUGCUCCUGCAAGCUGGCGCGAGUCCGAUCGCUCAGGGUAGCCUUUACAUACUUUCCGUAGCCAUAACCGAGCGACAUGGGCAGAUCGUAUUACGGCUUUUGCAAGUUCUGGAUUCUAUCAAUGAGCCCAGUGAUUCCGUCAUAAAGGAGCUCUUUCGGGUGGCUUCUGAAGGAAAUCUCCGAUCACUUCCAUCAGAACUGGUUAGAAGAUACGAGCAUGUCAUCCUACGGCGGUUACCGUCUGUGACAUCAACCGAAUGGCACCAGGAAGGCUACAUUGCAGCGACCAUGGAACUAGCUGUAGCCGCAAAGUUCGUCAAGGUUGUCGAGUAUCUCGCUCCAUUGAAAACACGGCUUCGAACGGAACAGACGAGCUACCUUGAUUCGGCGCUAUAUAAUAUUAUCUCAUGUGAUACCUGCAGAGGCAAGGUCCGCAAGAGGGAGCUGCAUCAAGAGGUCUACCAGAUCGUCGAGACGCUACUAGCGCAAGGUGCAAAUCCAGAUGUAUCUGGACAAGGGGAGUCUGCUCGAGACAUUGCGUCAACUCAUCCAGACCCUAGAGUGAGGAACCGAUUGCUACAGGCGGCACGAAAGCAGCCUCCUAAAGACUUGUCCUCUCGAGUAGGACGUUCAUGGGUCAAUCCGUCGCAAGCUUCACCGCCACAUGUCCCAAGACGAUCAAAACGAUCGCGCCUGCCCCCUCCAGUAAACCUAUGGGAUUUUGUAAAGCCUCACAACAGUCAAGGGUAA